AACUUUGUAAAAUACUGGUUCUUUAGGGUCAGGCCACAUUAACCAUCAAAUUUCUUGUUAAAUUCCCCUCUCUCUCUCUCUCCUAUUAUCUCUCUCUCUCUAGCCUACCAAAAAUCUCGCAUACAAUGGGCUCUCUGCUGGGUGACUGGCCUUCUUUUGACCCGCAUAACUUUAGCCAACUUAGACCCACUGAUCCUUCUAAUCCUUCUAAAACGACACCUGCUACUUACCAUCCUACUCAUAGCCGGACUCUGCCACCGCCUGACCAAGUGAUUAAAACUGAAGCCAAAAAUAUUCUUCUGAGGAAGUUUUAUGAGCAAGCUGAAGAGAAGUUGAGACCGAAAAGAGCCGCUUCGGAAAAUUUAAUACCAGAGCAUGGAUGCAAGCAGCCUAGGGCUUCUACCUCAUGCUAACCUUUUGUUUCUGUUGGAUGUCACACAUUGUAGUUGUUAAUGUAAGGUUAAUUACUAUCACCCCUGAGCUUAGAUCAAAAUUACUGUUUUUUUCCUUGGAGUGUGAAAAAUUACUGUUUUCUAUCUAACAUUUUGGUUAUUUUUAACUGAAACCCUCGGUUUCAGUUAUUUAAUAGCUAAAUGUCAGGGGAAAAUAGUAAUUUUUCAAAUUUCAAGGGGAAAACGGUAAUUUCGGCAUAACGUAUGAUAGUAAUUAACCCUUAGGUGUAAAUAUGAGGCAUGUCAUGUGAUGCCAAAUUUGUUACCUUGUCCAGUGAAAGGACUUGCUUGGCUGUUUCUUUGAACUUAGAAGCCAUACAUAUAGAUUUGUGUAAAAAUCAGAUUUAUAGCUGAAUAAUAUGACAAAAGGAGUGAGAUUAUCACUUGUGUUUUGCU